UUCAAGUUGUGCUAGAAAUUAAUUCACAGUUGACAUGAAUAUCUAACAAAAUAAAAGUCUCCCACACAAAUGAAACCCGCAUUACAAGUUUGGCUUAAAUCACAUUCCCUGCUACUACUUUGCCUAAAUAUUUGCACAGCAAAAUGGGAGAAUGCUUAUGAUUAUGUCUGUGAUACCCACGGCUGCAGUUAUCUGGUGAAAUUGGAAGAAAUUGUGGAUAAGAUUCCACAUCAAUUAUUUUUCGAAUGGGAAUGGUAUGGCUAUUAUUCCGUAUAUAUGGACGAUGAUUCGAACAAUUUUCAAUAUGGUCAUGAGAUAUGUGUGGAUGUGAACGGUUGCAAUGGCACAUUAAUUUGCGCUCAAGUUAAUGAAAUGACCAUAUUGAAGAAUAAUAAACAGGUGGAUCUGAUUGUUGCGGGACGUGUGGUUGUAAAUAAUGUGACCAUUUAUGCAGAUGAUAAAAUGACAUUUCGAUUUUCAGGCGUUAAGAAAUCUAUCAUAAUGCCAAUGAAUAUGAGGGAUUUUUUGGUUGAGUUAGGUUACUGAAUAUGUGUGUAUAAAUGAAAAUGGAAAAAUUUGUGAAAAUAUAAUUAUUUUUUACAGCAAAAAUACUGAAACGGCAAUACGCACUCUUCAAUAUCAACUGUUUCUUAAAAACACUCAAUACUAUCUGCAGUUUAUUUUUAUAAAUGUCGUCAUAUUUGGUUAUUUUUAACUACUUGACUCAUAGACUACCGUCUUGACCGAUAGACGGCAAACAGCUUAAUAAACUUAAAACACAACAAUUGUUAAAGCACCAGAUCAUUACCAAAAAUUAACUCAAAGAACAACAUAGAAACUGAACUAAGAGCUCAUACAUUUACGGCUUUGAAAUAUCUCGCACAAAAUGUACAACGAAAUGCGUGUCAAUAUCAGUCCUCGAUAGUAUAGUGGUCAGUAUCCCCGCCUGUCACGCGGGAGACCGGGGUUCAAUUCCCCGUCGGGGAGUCAAUGUAAAGUUAUUAAAUUUUUUUAAAUCUAUUUUACUUUAAUAUCUAUUUUCUUGAUACUUAAAUAUUAAAAA